GCAGUCUUGCGAUAACAACAUAUAGUGGAUCACUAUAUUGACCAUCAUUUGAUAACAGCGCCUGCAAUAUUUGAAAUAUCUGAUGGUUGACUAUGCAAGCAUUCACACAAUUAUUUGAGCGAUCAGAGAGUGAGAAAUGGUUAGGGAAACAAAAACUACACCUGCAACAAUGAAUGGAGGAGAUGGAGAGUAUAGCUACAACCGCAAUUCCUCAACGCAGAGAGUAGCAAUUGAUCUUGUCAAGGAAUUGAUCACUGAAGGAAUUGCUACAAACCUUGAUCUGCUUCAACUCGGUUCGCCUUCGUCCCCGGAAAUAUUCAGGAUUGCAGAUUUGGGAUGCUCUGUUGGUCCUAACACAUUCAUAUCGGUACAGGAGAUCAUAGAUUCUGUGAAACUAAAAUACCCACAAGAAGAUAUUGAAUUCCAAGUCUUCUUCAGUGACCAAUUCUCCAACGAUUUCAACACACUCUUCAAGAAUCUUCCAUCUGAUAAGCAGUAUUUUGCAGUUGGCGUGCCGGGGUCUUUUUACGAUCGUUUGUUCCCUAAGAGCUCUCUCCAUUUCAUUCACUGCUCAUACUCCCUUCAUUGGCUCUCAAAUGCACCAAAAGAGUUGGCAAAUCAUGAAUCUCCUGCAUAUAACAGAGGAAGGGUCUAUUAUGCAACAGCCCCCACAGAAGUUGUUCAGGCCUACUCAACUCAGUAUGCCAAGGACUUCACAUCUUUUCUGAAUGCAAGAGCACAGGAGCUUGUCCAUGGCGGGCUCAUGGCGCUUGUAAUACCGGGUGUUCCAGACGGUAUUCCUCAUUCGCAGUGCAAUUUUGUUGCUCUUCAUGCUUUACUUGAAGCCUGUCUCAUAGACAUGCACCAUCAGGGCUCAAUCAGUGAAGCUAAGAUUGACUCCUUCAAUUUGCCAAUACACAACCCCACUGAAGCAGAGUUGAAGGGCCUGAUAGAGAAUAAUAAUAAUGAUUGUUUCAGCAUCGAAAAAAUGGAGUCAGUAAUCUAUAACGAGGAAGUAUUAGAUGUUACCGAACAAAUGGCAACUUCGCAUGUAAGAGCUGUCUGGGAAGGAGUUAUCAGUGACCACUUCGGAAAUGAUAUUGUUGACGAACUUUUUGAUCGGUAUGCAAAGAAAUUCACAGAGGCUUUCUUGAUUCCAGAGUCGACAAGCUACAAGCGUAUGGUUCUGAUAUUUGUGCUUCUCAAGCGCAACUUAUAAUGAAUUUGAUAUAUAAUCCAUCAGUUUCUGUCAAAACAAUACAAUCAAACUCAUUUGUCAAAGAAUACAGUGUAACAAUAUAUAUGUCUCUCUUGUGUUAUACAGUUGGUCUAAAAGUUCUGCAACUAGUU